AUGGGGGGCAAGUACCAACCCCAGCACUGCUACUACACAGAGGAUGAGGAAAAUAAAUUGGCAGGGCAGAGGGCCGGGCCCCUCCUCCCGUCUCAGGGGGCCAGGUUCCAGAAGUCCUGUACCGACAGCCUCAACAUCUCUGUACAUACCUGUGGAGCCGGCAAGGGGAGCCCCCAGGACUUCCGGAGUCUGCAGGCCAGGUUCCAGGCCUCCCAACCUGAGAGCAAAAAACCCCUGAAGCCAGAGUUCAAGGUCCUGAAGAAGAUUCCACAGCCUGAGCUGAGCGAACACCCCAAGAAGGGCCCUGAGUUCACUGUGGGGCCCAGAAAGGCCUCUCAGCCCACAGAUCCCCCCAGGAAGCCCCCACAGAAUGAGUUUGCAGAUGCCCCUAGAAAGUUUCCCCAGCUCAGGAAGACUGAGAUCCCGGAUGCUCUCAGGAAGUCCGAGUUCACUGAUCCCCCCAGGAAGCCCGAGAUCCCAGAUCCCCUCAGAAAGCCUGAGAUCCCAGAUCCAUCCAAGAAACCCGAGUUCACUGAUCCCCCCAGGAAACCGGAGAUCCCAGAUCCCCUCAGGAAGCCCGAGAUUCCAGGUCCAUCCAGGAAAUCUGAGUUCCUGGACACCCCCAAGAAGCUUGAGUUCAUAGAUCCUCAAAGGAAACCCGAGGUCCCAGAUCCCCUCAGGAAGCCCGAGAUUCCAGGUCCAUCCAGGAAAUCUGAGUUCCUGGACCCCCCCAAGAAGCUUGAGUUCACAGAUCCUCAAAGGAAACCCGGGGUCCCAGAUCCCCUCAGGAAGCCUGAGAUCCCAGGGCCCCUCAGGAAGUCUCAGUUCCUGGAUCCCCCCAAGAAGCCCGAUUUCCCAGAUAACUCCAGGAAGCUCCCCCAGCCCGAGUUUGCCCAGACAAAGGCCCACGAAGCCGAGGGGCGGGCUCCCUCCAGGCACUUGGCGAACCCACUCCUGUCCCCCAGAAGGCCUCUGCAGCAGCCAGACCUGGGGAUCCCCGUGUGCCCCAGGAAGCCGCUGAUGUCAGAGCCCACAGAAAUACCCUCCCAGCUCGAGCCUACUGAGCCCCCCAGAAAGUCCUCACAGCCGUCCCUGAGCGAGCCCCAGCCACAGUCCCCUAAACUGCUGGUUGUCCGGGGCCCACCCAAGAAGGCCCUGCAGCUGCCAGAGUUGGGAUCUCCCCAGAGAAAGCUGCCAGCACCUUGGCAGAGCGACCACCCGCACAGGGCCCAGGGGAGCGGCGGGGCCCUGGGGAAACAGCUGCAAUUUCAGGGUCUGCCCAGGACAGCCUCAGAGCCCGAAUUCCCCCUCUUCCCUGCCACACAGCCCCACUGGCAACCCCAGGCCCGGCCACAGAGACACCCCGAGGCUGAGGUCCCCAGCAAGGCCCGGCUCCCUGCCUCAGUGUCCGAGAGCUCGCUGCCCUCUGCCAUGGGGGUCCUGGGUCGGCACAAACCUGGGGCUCUCCCUUCUGGGGGUUCCCGGUGGAGCCUCCAAGCUGGUCCCCCAACCCGGCGCCCACUGCCCUCCCUCACCUCCCUGGGGCCUCCGCCCGCCAAACCACCACUGCCUCCUGGGCUCAGGAACAUCCAGCGCUUUCGGAGUUACUUGGGGCCCAUCUCAGCCGUACGGAGGAGCCAUUCGGCAGCUGGGACCCUCGGUCAGGUCAGACCCACGAGACAACCACGGCCGGACCCCGAUGAGAUUUACGAGAUGUACGAUGAUGUGGAGCUCCAAGAUGAGCCUAGGCCUAAGGGUGCAGAGGAAGCAGCUUUCGUCAAGCAGCCACCCAGGUGGCCAUCGAAAGAACCAGAAGUCAGGAAGGAGAAGGUGCCCCCGCUGCUGCCCCCCAUAGAUCCGAAGACCCAGAAGCUGAUGAGGAAGGCAGAGAAGGCAGAGCGUGAGUUCCGGAAAAAGUUCAAGUUUGAGGGGGAGAUCGUGAUCCAAACCAAGAUGAUGAUUGACCCCAAUGCCAAGACCCGGCGUGGUGGUGGCAAGCACCUGGGGAUUCGGCGCGGGGAAAUUCUGGAGGUGAUAGAGUUCACUAACAAGGAUGAGAUGCUGUGUCGGGACGCUAAGGGCAAGUACGGCUACGUGCCCAGGACCGCACUCUUGCCACUGGAGACAGAGGUGUAUGAUGAUGUCGCUUUCUGGGAUCCUCUAGACAACCAGCCCAUUCCUCGGGGAUGAUAAGGCCCAGAAGCCCAGCUCUGCGCACGCGG